AUGGAAGUCCCAACAGCUACGUCGCUGAGCGACAUCUACCCCGAGGAUGCGCUGCCCGUGGAGACCAAGCGCUGGGAGAGCUUGCUGGCCAAGUUCAAAGAGCUAUACGGCAAGCAGGCAGAUUUUGUAGCGCGGAGUCCAGGUCGCGUCAAUAUUAUCGACUUCAUCAUGGCAGUAGCUGUACGGCCGUCCGACGAGAAGCCGCGCAUACGGAUAGCCAACCUGAACUCCGAGAAGUUUCCAACACGCGAGUUUGAGAUACCAGAGGGCGAGAUUCCCAUUGAUGCUUCCGAGCACGAGUGGACAAACUACUUCAAGUCAGGUCUAAAGGGCGUGUCGCAAUUGUUGCAGAAGAAGCGAGGCAAGUUCACCUCUGUGGGCAUGGAUAUUAUCUGCGAUGGCACAGUGCCAAGUGGAGGAGGCUUGUCGAGCUCAGCGUCCGUGGUGUGCACAAGUGCAUUGGCUGUUCUGAAUGCGAACGGCGAGACAAAGAUCGACAAGAAGGAGCUCUGUGAGCUGGCCAUCGUCUCUGAGCGAGCUGUUGGCGUCAACUCUGGAGGGUAUGUAACAGGAUCACCUUGCACAAGCACAGCUAACGUAAACAACAGCAUGGACCAAGCGGCUUCGGUAUUCUCGCUCCGCGGCUCCGCCCUUUAUGUGUCCUUCAAGCCCAGCCUCGACUUCACCAACAUCGAAUUCCCGCAGACCGAGCCCGAGCUUGCCUUCGUCACUGCGCAAAGUUUUGUUGCCGCAGACAAGCACGUCACCGCACCCGUGUGUUAUAAUCUGCGUGUGGUAGAGUGCACACUCGCGGCUGUGUUCCUCGCCAAGGCAUUUGGACUCAAGAAGGAGCUACCACAAGACUCAUCACCCCUAGGUGUUAGCUUGCGAGGCUUCCACGAUACCUAUUUCGAGGAGAAAGAAGACACAUCAGACAAUACCAAGAUAUCGGUCUCUGAUUUUGAGACACAACUCACAAAACUCAUUCAGCAUGCUGAGAAUUACCUACCACAAGAAAAUGGCUACUCAAGAGCGGAGAUUUGCGGUCUCUUGGGCAUCUCUGAAGACGAGCUGAACCAGCGCUACAUGUCCAAGUUUCCUGUUCGUGCAGAGAAGUUCAUGCUUCGCCAACGUGCGCUCCACGUAUUCACAGAGGCUCUCCGCGUCAUCAAGUUCCGCUCGAUCCUCUCGUCACCACCAACAAACGGCAAAGAAGUCCUGCAAUCCCUUGGCGACCUCAUGAAUCAGACUCAAGACUCAUGUCGCGAUGUUUACGACUGCAGCUGUCCUGAGCUCGACGAAUUAUGUGAGCUCGCGCGAGCGGCUGGUGCGGCUGGGUCACGUUUGACUGGCGCUGGCUGGGGAGGAUGCAGUGUGCAUCUUGUACCAAAGGACAAAGUGGAAGCUGUCAAGAAGGCGUGGGAAGAGAAGUACUAUAAGAAGAAGUUCCCAGGCAUUACUGCAGAGAAGCUGGCGCAAGCAGUGGUCGUCAGCGAGCCGGGCAGCGGCAGCAUGAUUUUCAAAGUGACUGGCGAGAAGUUGGCGUAG